UCAAAAAGGGAUUUUGUAUCUAGAGGAAGAGAUCAAGGAUCAUGGGGAUUCUGGGUAUUGGUUCCUCCUUUCCAUUUGUAGUUUUAUAUCCGGCCGGUCUAAAGCCAGCUCCGAAGCUAGCUAUUGGAGCCAUACACAGGAUGGAACGGUUGAGAAGAAGAUCGAGUCGGCGUUUCAAAAUGUUCUUCGGAUCGGGUUUUGGGUCGAAAAAGUUCAGCUUUUCGGGUACGAGUUCUCUGGUUAUUCGUCCCAUCCAUUAUCCACACACUUUUUAUGUUAAACUGUUAAACUUGUUGGAGUUGGGCUGUUAAAGAUCUUUCAAUUACAAUUUUUGUGUGAUCUUAAUUUGAUUAACUUAUUAAAUUAUAGACUUUUAAUCUGAGCUCUGCAAACAUUACAAAUAAUAGCCAUUGGCAUUCGCUCAAGCUAAUAAGAAGGGGGCAACGAAUGGGGUUAAAAUUGGAUGGAAAAUGGCAUAAUCAAUCACUAAAUAAUAUUGCAAACAAGCCUUUAAUUCUCUCUAUUAAUGAAAUAGCUAUUGCCCAACCAAUUGAAACUGCUAAAAUAGCAAAUAAUUUAGAGCAUCUGUUUCGUUUCCACGGCGAUUUAAGGAUUCUUUCAUUGAAUGGGCAUGAUUUAUUAAGGCCGAUACGUGUUAUGAAAAGACGAAAAGGUGAAUUUUGA